UUCCUGGUGGACCAGGAUGGCAAAAAAAAAUUCAUGGCUUGAUUGAACAGGGUAUCAUACAUUUUGAAGUUAAGUCUCCACAAGAAUGUUGUGAAUUCUGCCGUAAAAUUCCUGAAUGCGCUCAAUGGGCGUUUGUAUCUGCCCCUGGUUCUGUAAAAGGUUGCCGUACUUGGGCUCAAGAUGGCAUGCUAGAUGCUUGUAAUUUUACGAAAGCUAAUACCAUAGUAGUAGAUGGCGGAAUUGUUAAUUGUAAUGAUG